AUGUUAAGCAGAUUAUCUCAGGCUUUGAGCCCAAUCAGCGCAGUUCAACGAAUGAAGAUUUUAGAAGGUUCAGAUGCUGAUAAACAAAGUUGGGAGUUGAAAGGUACACAAAGUGCUGCUUAUGCUAUCAAAGGGAGAAGAAUGCAUAUGGAAGACAGGUUCAUUAUUAAUGAGAACAUAAACAACUCGGGGAUCUCACUGUUUGCUAUAUUUGAUGGUCACGGAGGAGAAUUUGCCGCCAACUACGCAAAAGAACAUCUCAUUCAAAACCUGUACAAUAAAAUAGUGGAAUUACAGGCAUUCAAAGAUGGAAAAAUAAUAAGUACCCUAAUUAGAGAUAGUCCUGAAGAGGCAAAAAAAGAAGAAAACCAUAUCCCUGUGGAAAGGAAAAGUAGCUUUAAAAAAUCUGUAAGCACAGCUGAUGACACAUCGAAAAAAGAAAUAACUGACCCUCAGCUUUUAGCACAACUGUCCAAAGCACGACCUAUCACAAGGGAGGUUCGACCAACUUCAACACCUAUAAAAAAUGUUGCUAUACCACUAUCUAGUUAUAUAGAUAAAGGAAAAAUAAACUUCGGCAAGCUAUUGACUGAUGAAGUGCUUGCUGCAGACAGGCUUCUCGUGGAAGCAGCAAAGCGAUCUUUAAACGUUGCUGGCACAACUGCUCUGAUUGCUAUAAUGCAAGACAAUUACUUGAUAGUAGCCAAUGUUGGAGACUCAAGAGGGGUAAUGUGUGAUUCACGUGGCAAUGCUAUACCAGUAUCUUUUGACCACAAACCACAGCAGGUUCGAGAACAAAAAAGAAUAGAGGCUGCGGGUGGUUACAUUGCUUUUAAUGGAGUUUGGAGGGUAGCAGGUAUAUUAGCAACUUCACGUGCCAUGGGAGAUUAUCCUCUAAAAGACAAGAAGUUUGUUAUUGCAGAUCCAGAUAUUUUAACUUUUAACAUUGAUGACCACAAACCCAUGUUUCUAGUUCUCGCCUCUGACGGUUUGUGGGACACUUUUUCUAAUGAAGAAGCAGUCAAGUUCAUUAAAGAAAGAUUAGAUGAACCUGACUUUGGAGCCAAAAGUUUAACAUUACAAGCAUAUUACAGAGGCUCGGUGGAUAAUAUAACAGUGUUAGUAAUUAAUUUUUUAAAUAAUGUUAUAUCUGUCUCACAGUAA